GUCUUUUUUUAGUUGGCAAACCAUGCUCCAUAGCACCACCUUGGAACGACAAAGACAGUUGUCUACAGAGUGCAAACUACCGUUGGAGAGAAACAAUGCUAUCUUCAGUUUCAUCCUCUCAUCAUGGAAGAAGAGGCUCAAGUUUUCAGCAAAACACGAACCCGGCUUGGAGGUACCCACAGAGAAGACCUCAAUCACCACUGUUUCUCAACCUUCGUUCCACCAGACCUUACACUCCACCACCCUCUUCUUCUUCUGUACAACUUGCACUGAGAUCGCCUCAUUUUCAAUCACAACCACCACCACCAAACAAACCCACUUGGACUCCAUCCAUCGCUCUCAUUCCACAUCCAGAAAUCAUCGAUGCGCGAACCUCAAGACUACCUCCACUUCAAUGCGGCGUUUCAUCGAACAGCUACAGCACCAAUGGCGCUCGGAGUUUCCGGGAUUGGAUUGAGCUCAUUGGCGAAGCUGUAUCGACUGCGUUUCCCAUAUGGGUAGCACUGGGAUGCCUAUUGGGGCUCAUCAAGCCGAGCUCCUUCAGUUGGGUUCAGCCCAAAUGGACCAUUGUUGGCAUAACCUUGACAAUGCUUGGUAUGGGCAUGACGCUUACUCUCGACGAUCUCCGCGGCGCUCUGGCUAUGCCCAAACAAUUACUAUCAGGCUUUUUGCUGCAGUACUCGGUGAUGCCAUUAUCAGGGUUUCUUGUGAGCAAGCUUUUAAAUCUGCCAUCCUAUUAUGCAGCUGGUUUAAUAUUGGUUGGUUGCUGCCCAGGGGGAACAGCAAGUAACAUUGUCACUUAUAUUGCACGUGGAAAUGUGGCACUUUCGGUGUUAAUGACAGCAGCUAGCACUUUAGCAGCUGUGUUCAUGACCCCAUUUCUCACAGCCAAACUUGCUGGGCAAUAUGUUGCGGUAGAUGCAAUCGGGCUGCUACUCUCAACACUUCAGGUUGUGCUUCUUCCUGUGCUAGCUGGUGCAUUUUUAAAUCAGUAUUUCCAAGGCCUGGUUAAAUUUGUUUCCCCCGUGAUGCCGCCCAUUGCUGUUGCAACUGUAGCUGUUUUAUGUGGAAAUGCAAUUGCUCAGAGUGCUUCUGCAAUUCUUACAUCUGGUCGACAAGUGGUGCUAGCUGCAUCUCUUCUUCAUGCAUCUGGAUUUUUCUUUGGUUACAUACUUUCUAGGAUGCUUGGGAUUGAUGUGUCAUCAUCAAGGACAAUCUCUAUUGAGGUUGGCAUGCAGAACUCAGUGCUUGGAGUAGUUCUUGCUAGUCAGCAUUUUGGAAAUCCAUUGACAGCAGUACCAUGUGCAGUCUCCAGUGUGUGUCACUCGAUAUUUGGUAGUGCCUUGGCAGGAAUUUGGCGACGGAUGCCCCCCCAGAUCGAGGAUUAAAUUGUCAUGAAGAGUAUUAUUAUUGUACUAUAGGCUUGGGAUUAAAUUUGGAAUUCUCACUACUUUCUGAAAAAAGUAGUCAAUAAACACCACUAUUUUGUAGGUGCGUCCACGUUUUAUCAUGCCAAUAUGUCAUGGAAUCAUAAAGGGACUGGUCGGGCUUUUUUUUUUUUAAUAAAUAUUUGGGUUAAAUACUUCA